AGCAGAGGAGGAGCAGCAGCGGGGGGAGCAGCUUCCUCUGGCGGAAGGAGACAUCGUUGCUCCUCGUUCCUCCUCGUUCCUUCUGCAGGACAAUGUGAGCGCCACCGACUCUGGAUCUAAACCCAGCGAACAGCCGCAGAACCCCGGGAUGGAAGCGGCCACCGUGUGACGAACCCCCAGCUCCACCGCGACCCGCCUGUGUGUUUCAAUCCGCCUUUAGAGCUCGGGAAGCGGCCGCAGCGAUGGGAAGAGGCCGCUGAGCGGAGCGCGGCGCCAGGGCCGAGACGCGGAGAAAGAUGGGUGUCGUGCUGCGGAGCGUGUUGUUGUGUAGUUUCUGUUUUCUCAUCAGAGCCGUGCCUCUGCUGCUCUAUGCAAACCGACGGGACCUCCGGCUCGUGGACGCAGCUCACGAAAAGGCCAACGCCACGGUGGUGGUGGGGGGGCUAGAAGAUGCCGCGGCCGUGGACUACGUCUACUCCCAAGGCCUCAUCUACUGGAGCGACGUGAGCGAGGAGGCCAUCAAACGCACGGUCUUCAACCAGUCGGGGGCCAGCACGGUGCAGAUCGUGGUGCAGGGCUUGGCCUCCCCGGACGGACUGGCGUGCGAUUGGCUGGGGAGGAAACUGUACUGGACGGAUUCAGAGACCAAUCGGGUGGAGGUGGCGGAGCUGGACGGGUCUCUGAGGAAAGUUCUGUUCUGGCAGGAGCUGGACCAGCCGAGGGCCAUCGCUCUGGAUCCAGAACGAGGGUUCAUGUACUGGACGGACUGGGGCGAGAUCCCAAAGAUCGAGCGGGCGGGGAUGGACGGAACCAAUCGAUCGAUGAUUAUUGAUAAGGAGAUCUACUGGCCUAACGGCCUGACGCUGGACUACAGUCAACAGAAGCUGUACUGGGCCGACGCCAAACACAACUUCAUCCACCGCGCCAACCUGGACGGCUCCUCCAGGGAGUCGGUGGUGAAAGGAGAGCUGCCUCACCCCUUCGCCCUCACCCUGUACGAGGACACUCUGUUCUGGACCGACUGGAACACACACUCCAUCCACUCGUGUCAGAAACAGACCGGCACCGAGCAGAGGAUCGUCCACUCGGACAUCUUCUCGCCCAUGGACAUCCACGUCUUCAGCCCCAAGAGACAACCUGUCUUGCACUCUCCCUGCUCGCUGAACAACGGAGAGUGUUCUCACCUCUGCCUCCUGUCUCCGAUGAAGCCGUACUAUCAGUGUGCCUGUCCCACCGGAGUCCAGCUGCUGGAGGACGGGACGACCUGCCGAGACGGUGCGACCCGGAUGCUGCUGCUCGCCCGGCGCACCGACCUGCGGCGGAUCUCCUUGGACACGCCGGACUUCACCGACAUCAUCAUGCAGGUGGACGACAUCCGCCACGCCAUCGCCAUCGACUUCGACCCGGUGGAGGGCUACAUCUACUGGACGGAUGACGACGUGAAGGCCAUCCGCCGCUCCCAGCUGGACGGCAGCGACGCCCAGUUCGUGGUCACGUCUCAGGUGAACCACCCCGACGGCAUCGCAGUGGACUGGAUCGCCCGGAACCUGUACUGGACCGACACGGGAACGGACCGCAUCGAGGUGACCCGGCUCAACGGGACCAUGCGGAAGAUCCUGAUCUCUGAAGACCUGGACGAGCCCAGAGCCAUCGUGCUGGACCCUGUGGCCGGAUACAUGUACUGGACGGACUGGGGCGAGGUGCCGAAGAUCGAGCGAGCAGAUCUGGACGGACUGGAGCGCGUGGUGAUGGUGAACACCUCGCUGGGCUGGCCCAACGGCCUCGCCCUCGACUACGACGAGCGCAAGAUCUACUGGGGAGACGCCAAGACGGACAAGAUUGAGAUGAUGAACAUGGACGGGACGGGCAGACGGGUGCUGGUGGAGGACAAACUUCCGCACAUCUUUGGCUUCACGCUGCUCGGGGACUUCAUCUACUGGACGGACUGGCAGCGCCGCAGCAUCGAACGCGUCCACAAGCGCACGGCGGAGAGAGAGAUCAUCAUCGACCAGCUCCCCGACCUCAUGGGCCUCAAGGCCACAUACGUGCACCAGUCGUUCGGUACGAACCCGUGUGCAGAGAACAACGGUGACUGCAGCCACCUCUGCCUCUUCAAGCCCUCCGGCGUUCAGUGUGGUUGUCCCAUCGGCCUCGAGCUGAUCGCCGACAUGAGGACGUGCAUCGUCCCCGAGGCCUUCCUGCUCUUCUCCCGCCACACCGACAUCCGACGCAUCUCCCUGGAGACCAACAACAACAACGUGGCCAUCCCGCUCACCGGCGUCAAGGAGGCGUCGGCGCUCGACUUCGACGUCACCGACAACCGCAUCUACUGGACGGACAUCACUCUGAAGACCAUCAGUCGGGCCUUCAUGAACGGCAGCGCUCUGGAACACGUGGUGGAGUUCGGUCUGGACUACCCGGAGGGGAUGGCGGUGGACUGGUUGGGGAAGAACCUGUACUGGGCCGACACCGGCACCAAUCGCAUCGAAGUGGCCAAACUGGACGGGCAGCACCGUCAGGUCCUGGUCUGGAAGGACCUGGACAGUCCUCGAGCUCUGGCUCUGGAUCCCGCUGAAGGCUACAUGUACUGGACCGAGUGGGGGGGGAAGCCAAAGAUCGACCGCUCUGCGAUGGACGGGACGGGUCGGAGCACCCUGGUGGCGGACGUGGGCCGGGCCAACGGGCUGACCAUCGACUACGCAGAGCGGCGCCUCUACUGGACGGACCUGGACACUACGCUGAUCGAGUCGUCCAACAUGCUCGGUCAGGAGCGUGAGGUGAUCGCUGAUGACCUCCCUCACCCGUUCGGCCUCACCCAGUACCAGGACUACAUCUACUGGACGGACUGGAGCCAGCGCAGCAUCGAGCGAGCCAACAAGACCAGCGGCCAGAACCGCACCGUCAUCCAGGGCCACCUGGACUACGUCAUGGACAUCCUGGUGUUCCACUCGUCCCGACAGGGCGGCUGGAACGCCUGCGCCUCCACCAACGGUCACUGCUCCCACCUGUGCCUCGCCGUCCCCGUCAGCAGCUUCGUCUGCGGCUGCCCCGCCCACUUCUCCCUCAACCACGACAACAAGACGUGCAGUGCUCCGACCUCCUUCCUGCUCUUCAGUCAGAAGACGGCCAUUAACCGGAUGGUGAUUGACGAGCAGCAGAGUCCCGACAUCAUCCUGCCGAUUCACAGCCUGAGGAACGUCCGCGCCAUCGACUACGACCCUCUGGACAAGCAGCUGUACUGGAUCGACUCCAAGCAGAACGUGAUCCGCCGAGCGCAGGAGGACGGGAACCAGAGCAUGACGGUGGUGGCGAGCUCGCUGGGCGGAGCCAGUCAGGGGCUGCAGAUCUACGACCUGAGCAUCGACAUCUACAGCCGCUUCAUCUACUGGACCAGCGAGGUCACCAACGUCAUCAACGUCACCCGCACGGACGGCAGCAGAGUGGGCGUGGUCCUGAGGGGCGAGCACGACAAGCCGCGCGCCAUCGUGGUCAACCCGGAGAGAGGGUACAUGUACUUCACCAACCUGCUGGAGCGCUCGCCAAAGAUCGAGCGGGCGGCGCUGGACGGCACGGAGCGCGAGGUGCUGUUCUUCAGCGGCUUGGGGAAACCGGUCGCUCUGGCCAUCGACAACGAGGUGGGGAAGUUGUUCUGGGUCGACUCCGACCUGCGACGAAUCGAGAGCAGCGACCUCUCCGGAGCCAAUCGGAUCGUGAUCGCAGACUCCAACAUCCUGCAGCCGGUGGGGCUGACGGUGUUCGGGAACCAUCUCUACUGGAUCGACAAGCAGCAGCAGAUGAUCGAACGCAUCCACAAGACCACGCGGGAGGGACGCACCAAGAUCCAGGCUCGCAUCGGCUACCUGAGCGACAUCCACGCCGUGCACGAGCUCGACAUGCAGGAGUACAGUAAACAUCCGUGCACGUGGGACAACGGCGGCUGCUCCCACAUCUGCAUCGUGAAAGGCGACGGGACGACUCGCUGCUCGUGUCCCGUCCACCUGGUGCUGCUGCAGGACGAGCUGUCCUGUGGAGAGCCUCCCACCUGCUCCCCGGAGCAGUUCUCCUGCACGUCGGGCGAGGUGGACUGCAUCCCUCAGGCCUGGAGGUGCGACGGUUACGCCGAGUGCGACGACAGAAGCGACGAGGACGAGUGUCCCGUGUGCUCCGAGGCCGAGUUCCAGUGCGACAGCCGCCAGUGCAUCGACUUGAGUCUGCGCUGCAACGGAGAGUUCAACUGUCAGGACCGGUCGGACGAGAGCAAGUGUGAAGGUGUGACAGUGCGUUGUCCUCCGGAUCAGUUCACCUGCUCCAACGGGUUGUGCAUCGGGAAACACAAGAAGUGCGACAACAACAUGGACUGCACGGACAACUCGGACGAGCUGGGCUGCUAUCCGACUGAAGAGCCGCCUUCUCCACCCAACACCACCAUCGGAGCCAUCGUGGCCGUGGUCAUGGCGUUGUUCGUGGUCGGCGCCGUGUAUUUCGUGUGUCAGCGCGUCCUCUGUCCGCAGAUGAAGGACGAUGGCGAGACGGUCACAAAUGAUUUCGUGGUUCACGGGCCGUCGUCUGUGCCGCUGGGCUACGUCCCGCACCCCAGCUCGCUGUCCAGCUCCCUGCCCGGAAUGUCCAGAGGGAAGUCUGUGAUUGGUUCCCUCAGCAUCAUGGGCGGGAGCAACGGGCCGCCGUACGACCGCGCCCACGUCACGGGGGCGUCGUCCAGCAGCUCGUCCAGCACCAAGGGAACCUACUUCCCCCCGAUCCUGAACCCCCCCCCGUCCCCGGCCACAGUUCGCUCCCAGUACACGAUGGAGUUCGGUUAUUCCUCCAACAGCCCGUCCACCCACCGCUCCUACAGCUACCGGCCCUACACCUAUCGUCACUUCGCCCCCCCCACCACCCCCUGCAGCACCGACGUGUGCGACAGCGACUACACGCCGGGACGCCGGGCGCCGCCCAAGUCCAGCGCCGCUGCCGCCUCCAAGGGCUACACCAGCGACCUCAACUACGACUCGGAGCCGUUCCCGCCGCCGCCGACGCCCCGCAGCCAGUACCUGUCAGCGGAGGAGAACUGUGAGAGCUGCCCCCCCUCGCCUUACACCGAGCGCAGCUACUCGCACCACCUCUACCCGCCGCCGCCUUCGCCCUGCACGGACUCCUCGUGAGCCACGCCACUGCCCCGCCCCUCCACACAGCUCCGCCCCCUCACUGUUAAUAGCAAUUGUGCAUAAAUGAGGCUCAAAAUGGGAACGAGAGACUGAGCGAGCGAGCGAGGAAACAGGAGGGAGAGAGAAACGGAGCUGACGGACAUUUGUACAAAAAGAGAAAAACAUAUUUAUAUAUUUUCUAUACAGUGUUUACUGAUGACAUCAUCGACGUUUGUAUUAAGAAAUUUGUACAUUUUUUAAGAAAAGGUUUUUAUUAAAAUCAUCACAAAUAUACGUUGCCUUAAAAACCACAGAGGACGACGCCGAAGGACGAGAACAGUGAAAACUGGGCGGGGGGGGGGGACGUUCAAAUGAACUGAUGCCAAAUAUGAAAACAUCUUGCGGCGGCGGCAGGAGACCAGAGGAGCCCCUCCCCCACCCUCACAGCUGCCAUCUUGUCUGCAGUGACCAUGUGACGCGGGUGAGGACGGCGUGGACGUGACUCAUGAACAGAGACGUUGAAGUUCAAACUCUAAGCAAUAAAACAAAAAGGCACAUAUUUAUCUCCAGCGUCUCCCAGCAGGAGGCGCUACCGAGGCUCAGAGGACACGGGCCUGAAGCUACUUCUUCUUCUGAUGAAAUCUUCUCCAGCUGUGAUAGAAGUGUCCUUGUGUCCCCUCCAGGCCUCCGUACUAACCAUCCUUCCCACUAAACGUCUGUCACGUGACCCACAUCCAGGAGAUUUAAACCAAAACGUUUGCAUAUGUUUGACUUUUUUUUUGUUUUCGCUGAAACGUUUGUUUCACGAUCAUCGGAUCUAGUUUCCGUGGAGCAGCGUUCCGGCGAGGACGCGACCUUGUGCCUGAGCAGUUUCAUCUCCGUGUUUUUUAUCGUUGUUCGUGGAGGAAAUCACUGCCCACUAAAUGCUAUAUAGUAUUUUUGUACCACAUAUUGUGUAGAUAACGUAUUUAUAAGCUCUAUAGAAAAUCCUUGUAAAUCUUUCAUUGAACUCUGCAGUACUUUUCAUUCCGUCUUUUUUUAUAUUGCAUCAUUAUAUAUUUUUCUACAGAAAAUCAAACGUAGGGCGUCAAUCCGCGCUCGGUGGAGUUGAGGAACUUAUCCAGGUUUUCAGUGUCUGUUGAUGUAGCGUCGGACUGUCUGUGCCAAACUCUGUGUUGUUCCUUGGUGGAGGCGUCGGGAGCCGAGUCGGAACCAGAGGUGGAACCACGACGUGUGGGUCUGGGUUCUCCUGGUUCCUCUGAUUCACUUUGUGUUUCACGUCCCUGACGUUCGGUUCGAGAGGAAGUGAAACUCGAGUCGGUUUGAAUCACAAAGUUCAAGUUCUAUAACUUCCUCUGUGACCAUGUUACCAAGUCCUCAACAGACCUGAGACCUUUUCAAUUUUAAACUUUUAUAUUUCAUCAAAUUUCCGACACUACGGUUAUAAAUUAAUGAUUAUGAAACAUUAAUGAAGUUUGUGUUGUUCAGGUAAAGAUUCUUCUCGUGAUUAUUGUCACCGGUUUCUAAUCAACCUCUAAAGACGUGUUCAAUGUUCCCAGACUCGAUUAAAGACCCGGAUCAAUAACAUGAAAUCUGACAAAUUCAUGAUUUCAUAUUUACAGAUGGACAACAUGGAGUCUCCAAAGUGCCAAACUGUCAUUUUAAGAAUCUUAUGCACACAAUAUAGUUACUUUACAAUAUUUCUGUGCGCACAAUGUUUUUGUUUCGUUAUUCGAUUUAAAUAUUUAACGUUUGUUCAGUUCUGUUGAGACUCUUCAGAUUGAACAAAACAUUUGAACAAUCUGAACCGAUCUCGAGCCGGAAGUUCAGUUCGUCUCCCGCUGCCUCCACACACACACACACACACACACACACACACACACACACACGUCUAGUUAAUCAUCUUUGGAAAGAUUCUCAUUCGCUAACUGCACUUUACAGAACUUUUUAGCUGAUUUCCGGUACAAAACGUUGUGGUCGGAGUAAAGUUUUGUAAAGUUGAUGUCAACAAAGGAAAGAAAAAUCUGAGGCGUGGGACGGACAUCUUCAGACGAGUCCCACGAGUCUGGACGAGACGUUUGUUAAAUUAUUCCCUCGAACCAUUUUGGAUUAGUUCAGUUUAAACCUCAAACCCCUGAAUUCAUCCUUCAGAUCAAUGAUCAAAUCAAAGUGAGAAGAGGUUCAGUGAAGAAGUCGUUUGAUUUGAUAUUUGAGGAGUAAAAUGUAUGAAUCUGACGGACACAGCAGAUGGAGGUGAUUUGUGUGAUGAUGUAAAUCAUGUUGAGUUGAUUUCAACUUGAUCUGUAAGAAUCAUCUGACAGCUUUUCUUUAUUCGCUCUUAUAUCAAACCUUCAAGUUUUUAAUGUAAGGAGCCAAAAUAAUCAAGUAUUAUAUAUUAACACGGACUUGAAUAAAAUUAAGUUAUUGAAUGUUAAUAUUGAUAUUUUUCUUUUAAAAUUCACUCAUAGUUUGAUCCUUAAACGUGAGGAUGGGAGGUCAACGAGGUCGUGACCUGACCGAUAUUUCACUUUCAACAUGUUGAGGUUUGAUUCUUAGUUCUGAUCAUUUGUGGGAAUAAUUUAUCAAAUUGAAAAGUUCCUCCAGACUUUUGGAGAAUUCGUCUGCGGUGGAAGUGAAACAGAAAUGAGUCGAAUCCUCUCGAGUCCACGUUCUUCCCGCCCUGGCUGAACUUUGACCUGAAGGAGACGUUCAGGUCGUGAAGAACGUUCGAGAAAAGGUCAAAGGAAGUAGAAAUGUUUUAAAUGAUUGAAACAUGCCGAGUCAUGUUUUAUAAUAGUAAAGAAGCACUUUGGUGUUCCGGUCUCUUGGAGGUUCGAACAGGAAACGGAAGUUGGUGUCGUCGUGUUUUGAAAUGUCCGGUUCGAUCCCGCGGUGCUUUGCCAGGAAGUGGAGACGACAACGUGUGGCUCGUCUCGUGCGUUUCACUCUUUACCAUGACUGCUCAGCUGUAAACCACCAGAUGAACAGCGCCACCCAGCGGCCAACAUAAGCUGUAACUCAUGAAAUGCUGAUUUUUGUUUUCUUUUUGUUAAAUAUAAAGUGAGUGAACUUUUA